GGGAGCGCGGACCGAGACCCUGCAGCCAGCGCUCGCCAUGAAGCGGCCCAGGGCACCCAGCGGCUCGGACGGCGAGUCCGACGGACCCAUCGACGUGGGCAGCGAGGGCGAUCCGAGCCAGAUGGUCAGGCCGUUGACCACCCCCAGCCCCUCGCAGAUGCAAGCCAGGAAGAAGCGAAGAGGGAUCAUUGAGAAGCGGCGUCGAGACCGCAUCAAUAGUAGCCUUUCCGAACUGCGGCGCUUGGUCCCCACGGCCUUUGAGAAGCAGGGCUCUUCCAAGCUGGAGAAAGCCGAGGUCUUGCAGAUGACCGUGGAUCACCUGAAAAUGCUUCAUGCCACUGGGGGCGCAGGAUUUUUUGAUGCUCGAGCCCUGGCAGUUGACUUCCGGAGUAUUGGUUUUCGAGAAUGCCUCACUGAGGUCAUCAGAUAUCUGGGGGUCCUGGAAGGGCCCAGCAGCCGCGCAGACCCUGUCCGGAUUCGUCUUCUCUCCCACCUCAACAGCUAUGCAGCUGAGAUGGAACCUUCCUCAACGCCUGCCAGCCCUCUGGCCUUCCCUGUGUGGCCUUGGUCUUUCCUCCACAGCUGUCCGGGGUUGCCAGCCCUAAGCAACCAGCUGGCCAUCCUGGGAAGAGUGCCUGGCCCUGUCCUCCCCGGCACCUCCUCUCCCACGUACCCCCUCCCUGCCCUCCGGACGGCGCCAGUGCACAGGGCCACGAGCACCAUCCUGCCAGCCCGGAGAAGUGUGUUGCCCAGUCGAGGGAUAUCUUCCACCCAGAGGGCCCAAUCCCUAGAGAGGCCAGGCGCCCCUCCGCCGGUGAUCCCGAGUGGCAGGGCUGCCCGGAGCAGCCACAUUGUUCCGCUCCUGAAGCCUUCUUCCCCCGCAGCCCCCGGGGCUGAGAGAUCCACUGACAGUGUGGCCGCUCCCAUCUCCAGUCCUCCUCCCUCAGGGCCAGCUGGGAGGCCGGCCAGAGCCAUGCUGCACCACGCCUGGGUCUCUGAGAUCACUGAAAUCGGGGCUUUCUGAGUUCAUUCCCUAACCCCCCUCCCCUCCAGCCCCUAAGGCAUGAGGAACAUUCUUUUUUCUAGAAGCUCUGAAAAUGGCACAGCCUUUCCUGUUUUGCUUCCCAGAAGGGCUCCUAUGUGAAGGCGCCUUCGCCACUCAUCAGAGGCAUCUCUUCCUCACCCUCCUCACUGCUGACUCUGCCUCUCCUAGUCUCAGCGUCUCGGUCCCAUUUCCCACCAGGACAGAGUGUGUCCACUCAUGAACCCCCCCCCCUUCAGCUUGAUACGCACGAACCCGGGGUCUGGAGUUGAAGCUUUAACCUAAGAGAUGCCAAAGGCCCGGGGCAGGCCGCUUGCGUAGAGGUCAGACCCCAGUCAGAAGAAAUGACUGGGUGCAGCCAUCCCGGGCCAAGGGGCCAGAGCGUACCAUCUGCUUCACUUCCUGGAUCCAGAAACGGAGCAGAGGCCGAGAAAGAAGACUUUCGGGUUUCUUGUCUGCCCAUCGUUGGCUCACUGCAUCACAGCGGGACCACAGGACAGAUCCAAUCUCCUGUACAGCCGAGGCCUGGGUGUCUGCGGCCCAAUACAAGUGGUCUCCUCCUAGCUGCAGACACCCACCAGACUGCACGCCCUGCUUGGCUUGACCGUGCCGGGCAGCAACAAAGCCCUGUGGCAGGAGGGCCUCCUCUCAUGUCGGCUUGGUUUGGGGGGUGCCUUACUGAGAUCAGAAGGUACUUGGGGGAGGUAGGCCCUCACAGCGACUCGGGAAAGAGCCAGGGGUGAGCAGCGGAGACCCCCAGCUCCCUGCCCUCUGGCUGUAUCCUUCAGGAGCAUAAUCCCCACCAACACGCCAUGGGUGCACAGUGAGGAAAGGCCACAGCCCCACAGAAUGGGCAUUCUCCUGGGAUUCUACACCAGACGUCUGGGUAGCCUGGCUUGCAGGCGGCUCACAGAACCCAGACUGCUGCCCCUGCCAAGGGCUGCUGGACUGGACAAAAAUAACUUCGAAGAGGGGCAGGGAGGAGAACAAGCGGAGGCGGCUGGGCCCUUCAAGGUCGCGCAGUGGAUCGAGGGCCUGAGAGCCUGCUAACCCAGAUUUCACACAGCUGGCUCUGCUUAGAGGCCAGCUCAUUCCCCCAGCCCCGCCUCGGGUGUUUUUCCUCUACUGGAGGACUAAGCAGCCUGGUGACCUUUCCUUGUGGGUCAGCUGAGACACGUGACCAGCACUUAGGGUUGCUGUACCAGUGAACAAAGUGUGGAAAUAUUUCUGCUCUCUUUGGUGACCAUAUGCUCCACCGCUCCCCAGCGACUCGGAGUCCCUGUCCCCCAGCCCUUCCCCUGGAACCACUCUGGUCACUGCCUGGCAGAGCCAAGGCUAUGGGGGACCAGGCACUGGUCGUUCACUGGUGCUCAGGCACCGUGUAUAAAAUACCUCCGGGCUGCCCCCUGGCAAGCUUCUCCCACUCCCAGAUUUUGAUGGACCCUCCUUCCCCAGUGGUUGUAGUAAGGAGCCCAUGGACAUAGAGUUUGAAAGAAAAAAAAAAGGCCUUUUUGGAGAAAUAGGGCAGAGAGCAGAGGUUUCUUGAGUGACCCAGAAAGCUCUUUGGAAGAGGCCAGUUCCUCAAGGCAGGAUAGACGUGAAGGAUUUCUUUUGCUUCUUAGCAGAAGCAAGUUACUUCAUAUUGCUAUCAUAUUGGAACCAUCUGGUGUGCGUGGCAGCAAGGAGAGGGUGGUCAUCAGCCCCCUGAGAGACUCAGACACAAGGAGGGAAGGACAAUCGCUCAGGCAACAGAGGAGGGCACGGAUUUCCCAAGCCACCAGGUUCUUGCUGCCAUUUGGAAUCUUCUAGCCAGAGAUUCAACAGUGGCUCACGAUGGGUUGUGGCAAACACCUCCAUGUUGCAGGUACCCAACUCCAGAGCAGGCUACUGACAAUGUGGAAAUGAGAUGGAAGAGACCCAGCCCUUUAUGGCUUUUUAGUUGGACUUGUUCCUUCUCCUAAGACACUGUGGGAAGGUGAUUUAUGUGUGCAUGUUUUCCCCACAGCUGGAAACUCAAGCCUUCAGUUUCCAGUCCCAACCCUUCUGAGUGUCCCCGACACCCCUCACUCCCCUGCAGGGUGCUGCAAAUAGGCAAUAAAGAUGUUUAGUUCUGUAAA